AUGGUCCUCCCCACCAUGGGACCCCUCAUCAUAGCCCCCCAACGCACAAGGGUCAUCACGACCAUGGUCCCCCUCACAAAAAUCCACCGCACCAUGGGUUUUCAGCUCUCAUGGACCGCGAGGAGCCGGAAGAGAUACAGGGAGACGACCACCACGGUCCUCCGCACCAUGGUCACCAUCAUGAUGGUGACCAUCACCAUGGUCCCUCUCACAAAGGUCCGCCGCAUCAUGGGUUUUCUGAUCUCACGGAGCGCGAUCAGCAGGAGGAGAUAG